AUGGCGAUGAAGUGGACGUCGCUAUUUCAUAUUUCGAUAUGGUUACUCGCCGGGCAGGUAUCCUGCGGAGCGAUAGGAGCGUGGUGGAAUGAUCGAGGGCCCAAUUUCAUAAUACAGAACGACGAUACGGGUGGCAUACAGUACAGUUUUUGCAAUGGAAACUACACGCCCAUCUUCCCGGAUGACAGCACGCUCACGAUAUCUUUCACACAAUAUCAGCCCAAGAAUCAGACGAGCUUAUCCGCAACUGGGUGGAUGGACGGGGAAACUACAUGGGCCUCGAUUUUCUAUCUAGACAACAGCGACGAAAUCGUCAAUGCGGUGCUGAGAUGCGACUGGAACACGGGGCACUGGCAAAACACGGGCGAGUACAUCAUCUCGAUCGGCUCGCCCAAGGUCGGGCCCAGGACGGGGAUCGCGGCCGUGCUGCUGGGGUCCGCCAAGGGGUACCGCAUCUUCUACAAUGACAUCGUGGGGAAUCUGCAGGAGAUCGGGUACACGGCGGCGACGACGUGGAAGUACUACGGCAUCGUCUCGCAUGACGUGGUCUCGGCGCAGGCGGUUGGGGCUACGUUCUCGGGCGAGACGAAUAUCACGGUUGUGAGGCCGAGGGAUGAGGGGAACAUGGGCGUGUCAAGGUGGUAUACUGAUAAUACUUGGCAUAUCUCCACAUUCCCCGAACCUCUAACCUGGGCCACCAACGCGACCAACGCAACCGAAGCCUCCGACCUAACCCUCAACACCUCCUCGCAAACCUUCGAGCUCCCCGCCUGGGUCGGCAACGCCUCCUCCCUCGCCGUCGGCGUCGACCGCGCCUACACGCGGAGCAUCUACUACAUCGGCGCCGACCGCAACGUCUACCACGUCGGCAACCAGAACUACACGUGGAAGGCGUUCGACCGGCCCUCUCCAACCGCCUUUUCUUCCUCUGGUGGUGGUGGCAGUGACGCCGCCGCCUGGCCCCUCGCAGACACCCCCGGCGGCGCCCUCGGCCUCGCCUCCUCCGCGUCCGCCAACAUCACGCGCCUGUACUACGUCUCCGGCGGCCGCGUCGUCGAAGCCGUCGGCGACAGCGGCGUCUGGCGCGCGCCCGCGUUCCUGGAGACCGUCAACGCGACGCAGGCUCUGCUUGACGCGAACGGGAACCCCGGGGGCGAGCUGCCGGCGAAGAACAGCAGCGGGGGGAUGAGCGACGGGGCGAAGGUGGGGGUUAGUGUUGGUGUGUCGCUGGGGGUGGUGGCGGUGGGGGGCUCGGUGUUCGUGCUGUGGUUGUUGAGGAGGAGGCAGAGGAGGGUGGAUGAGGAUGAGGCUGCUGCGGCUGCGGCUGCGAAGGCGAAGGCGCAGACGCAGACGCCGCCGGAUGAGGGGUAUGCUGCUGGUGCGCAGCAGCCGGGGUACUACUAUUCCCCGGAGCAGCAGCAAUUUCAAUUUCAGCAGCAGCAGCAGCAGUCGGAGUUACACGCCAACAGCGCGUACUCGCCCUCGCAGCAAGGCGGCUGGGCGUACACGGCGCCGCUCACGGCGACGGAUAGCGAGGGCCGGGUGCAUCAGUUGCCGCAGGGGUAUUACUACUAUAACGAGAACAAUAACAAUCACGAUAACGGCAGCAGUAGUCAGGCGAGUCCGCAGUCACAGCAGUGGCAAUGGCAGCAGCAGAGGCCGCCGGCUGAGAUGAUGGGGGAGGGGCAUUAUAAGGAGGCGCCGUGA